AUGACUCAGUUGGCAGUGGCACUUGAAGGCACUCGCGACGAUGAGCGCGUCGUGGUGAGGCAGGCAGUAGCACCUCAGGCAGCAUCCCCGACCCCAGCUACUUCCGUUUUCCCCCUCCCCUCCUCCUUUCCUCUUUUCUUUCUCUCUAGUCCACUUUCAAAUCGCGAUCAAGCACUACCAUUCCCUACUAUCUUGCUCGCCCUUGCCCCUGGAUACGAACAUCAGCGCAUCGGCUAUCCUCUGUUGAUUUUUCUCGGGACAACUGAAAGUGCAGCACAGAAAGAUGAGCCAAACAUUCAAUGUGACGGGAGGGACAUGGUAUGUCUCGGAGGGGUGCCGGCGGUGGUGAUGACGGUGGACGUCGGGGUGGGCGGGGACGUGGCCGUGGCCGUGGCCAUGGCAAGCCACUUUCUCGACGCCAGGCCAAGAAGGCCGUUCGUUCGGCCCAGUGGAGGCUUCGGCGGGCAGAGGCCGCGGCCGCUGGUAACAGCGGCGAGACCAACACCAACUCCGGUGGGCGGCGGCGGCGACACCAACUUGACUGGCGGCGACGAUAACACUAACCCGGCCGGCGACGGCGGCGACGAUACCAACCUGGUGGGCGGCGAUAUCGCUGGGUCUUAG